GGGGCCAGCGCCAUGGGGCUGCUCCUGGGCAGGCGGCGAGCCGCGCUGGGCGGGUUCUCCGGGCUGCAGGCUCGGGCCCUGCUGCUGGGGCUGGACAACGCCGGGAAAACCCCCUUCCCCGGCGCUACCGGCUGAAGCUGAACGAGACGCUCCCCACCCUGGGCUUCCACGUGGAGACGGUGGGGCCCGUCCGCGACGUGCCCUUCACCCUGUGGGACGUGCGGGGCCAGGCCCGGAUCAGGGCCCUCGGGCGAAACGCGGACGGGCCGGUGUUCGCGGCGGGCAGCGCCGACGCGCAGCGGCUGGGGGAGGCCGGGUGGGAGCUGGGAGCCUGCUGGAGGCUGAGGACUUGCAGGGGGUGCCCCGGUGCUGCUGGCGGACAAGCAGGACCUGCCCAGUGCCCGGUCCUGCGCGGAGCUGGCGGAGGAGCUGGGCUUGAGGAAGCUGCGUGGGCGCGAGUGGCACAGGCCGGGCUGCUGAGCCGAGAGCCGGCCGGGGCUGCCCGGGGCGCUGGAGAAGCUGGCUGAGCAGGUGAAGCGCUACCGGGCGGCCCGGGGGCUCUGAGAGCGCCGGCUGCAGAACAGGCCCCGAGGCCAGCCUGGGUCGCCCCUUGGCACGUUUCCAAAGAGGGGCCGUUGUGCUGCCCCCACGCCCGAGAGACGCCCCCGAUGAGCAGCCGCAAGCCGCGUUGUCCCCCGUCAGGCGCCUGCCAACGCGGGAGCUGGGCCGGACACUGGCCAGCGCUGUGGCCUGGGUCCCUUCUGCAGCCAUUGGCUUGGACUGAGACUGGCAGCUGCUUGGGGCAGUGCCUGGCUCCGGGCCCUGUGUCCCUACAGCGCCCUGGGGCCUGCUCCCAGCCUGGGGCUGCCCGGGGCGAUGGUGCGCCAGGAGAGCCCGACCGGCAGACGCUGGCCAGCCCGCUUGGACCAGCAGCCCCAUGGCGAUGGGACACGCGGUCUCUUGGGGACCCCGAGCAGCUGAUCUUCCGUCCUCCCUAGGCGCCCGCAGACCCUGUGCUGCAGCCGGCCCAUCCGCCACCCUACGCCCGCAGCGGCCUUGGUGUCGCCCCAAGGAGCAGCGAGCGACUCCCCACAGGGAGGCCCAGGCGAGCCCCGGGCCGAGCCCCGUGGGAGCUGCUGGGCUUCCUCUCUUUCUCCCGGGGCCGCCGCGGCUGGGUAAGGACCAUUACCCGCGUUGGCCAGCCAAGGGCGCCUGGUGCGUCUUGUCCGCCGCGGCAGGAGUGUGGGUGCCCUGGGCGAGCUCCACACUGGGGCGCUGCCCCCUCCGUCCCUCCUGCAGCGUCUGCGGGGGCCGGGGCUGGGCUCAGCUGGGGCAGCGCCCGUGGGCCCCGGUGCGUGGUGCCGCUGGGCCCCCGUGAGCUCGGCUCUGCUGAGCUCCCAGGCCCGGGACAUUCAGGGCUUGCCGCAGCCGUGAGAGGCUCGCAGGGAGCCUGGGGCGGAAGGUGCGAGGGAAACAGCUGGGGCCAAAACCUCUGGUGGGGGAACUCCCGGAGCUCCGUGCAGCGGGUUCCCUCGGGUGAAGCGAAGCCCCGGGGGACGUGGCCCGGGGUGUCGCCAGGAGUUAUUUUAGGGCCGGGGGAGGGGCUGGGAUCCUUCCUUGGAAGCGCCCCUGCUCUCGGAUCCUUUUCUCAGCCCUCGUGGGGAGUCGGUGCCCAGCUGUUGAAUGGUUGUGGGGCGGGCGGCGGGAGCGCGCACUCGUGGCUAUCGGAUCAGCCUGUCCUUGCAAUGCCACUGAUCGCCAGCAGGGGUUAUUGUGCCCUCGCUCUGUGCCUCGGUUUCCCCAGUUGGCAGGGACAGUCUGUAGCGACCUGCUGGGGAUCACAGAGUGUUUGCAAAGGGCGCUGCGUCCCUGCGCACAGAUCCAGCGAGCGUGGGGACUGUCUGAACGGGGCAGCGAGGCACAAAGCCAUAGAGAUCUGGAAUAAAGGACCCUCAGGAGCCCUGAACCUCUGAGCUAAGAGGGACCCGCGUCUCCACCUCCAAAUCCUGCCAGUUUCCGCGAGAGUUUCUUCAAUAGCCACUAGGUGCCAGCAGCUUUCAAUUUAUCGUCCUGCCUCCCUGCUUGUCCUGGCCAGAUCCUGCCCAUAGCACGGAGGGGUGGGGGGCGCGGGGCCGUAGUGGAGAUCCAGCCCCAUAGCGCAGAGCUGUGGGGCGCGGGGCCCUCUUGCAGAUCCGGCCGGGGGCACAGAUCCGGUGCUGUCGCUCCCGGCAGGGAGAGGAGCACAAGCCCUGUCCUGCAGAGGAGCUGGCCAGGUCGCCUGGAUUCGCCCCUGCGCUAGCCCUGGCCCUUGGCUUCCAGCUGAGUGUUCAUUUCUUCCGUUUCGCAGGCCCGGGCCGGGAGCGAUGGCGCUGGGCCGGGCUCCUGGGAGAGAGGCGCUGCCCAGUGGCCCGUUUCUCCAGCGCUGAGAUGGGAGACAUUCCCCGGCGCUGCAGGGCCUGGGGUGGAGGUUCCCGGGCGUGUUCCCCGAGUCAGCGCUGGGCCCCAGGCUCCCUGGGGGCCAGGCCCUUCCCCCGCACGGAGGAGGGAGGGUCCCUGCUGGCAGACUCUGUGCCAGGCCGGCGGGCACUGGGGGCCCUGUGCUGCUGGCUGGCGUCGAUUGGCAGAGCCGUAGAGCGCUGGGCAGACCGACCUUUGGGGAGGUUGGCAGAGGGAGGCUGUUAGUUCCCCUGGCCAGGCCAAAGCCCGAUGUGGGCAGCUCCCUUCCCCCAGCGUGGUCACUGCAGGGUGGGAUUCUCCUUCACUUCCUGUCCCAAACGUCUGCGCGGGGGGGGGGAGGGGUCCCUGCGGUCUCAGACCUGCCCCUAGCUUCCUCCAGCAAGCAGCUCAAAGCCCCUGUAGCCGGCGCUGAUCCGGGGGAGGGACUCAGAGCCAGGCCCCUGGUGUGUCCUGGGCUGAGCUCCAGGGGCUUUUGUCAGCUUGGUCUCCGCCUCCGGCCUGCUGGGCACCCAGGAAUGCAGGGAACCCUCUGCCUGGCAGGUGCCCGGUGCCCUGCGGCACGACGGACACGGGCAGCUCCCUGGGCUGCUCAGGAGGCCACACCCGGGUCGUUUGCGCCACGCUGGGCUGGGCAUUCGGCGGGGCCUGGGCUGCUGGACAUGGACGGUCCCCUCUGAGCCCAGAGGUGGGGCCUGUCUGCAGUCGGGCCCUGGGGGCCAGCUUGCUUCGCUGUUCCCUCGCGCUAGCCCUGUGAUCUCCAUCCGCAUUGGCAGAAUCAAAGGGCUGUUUAAAAUGCUGAGUUUCUGACCCUCAUGGCUGUGAAGAAACCCAGAGCUGGGCUGAGCCUGCCACUGACUGGCUGCCAGGUCCCGCUUCCCUCCCUGUGCUGCGUGUUAGUGCGGUGCCAUGUACCUGAGACAUAGCUAACCUACCCCAGAGGUGGCUGCAUUUGAGGGCCGGGUGCAGCAAAGCCAGGGUGUAGCCAUGGGGCUGCCAAACUCUGAGCACUUCUUGGGCUGGAAGAGCCCAGAUGAUGUUACUGUUUAUCCACAUGGAGUCAUGGCAGGGCCAGCUCCAGCUCCGGAGUGAAAGGCAGAACUGGGCUGAUUUUGCCCUGAUUUCACCCGCAGGAGAACAGGCCAGGAAGCAGGAGAACCGGGGUGCAAAGGAAGUGCCAGGAAUGCCCCCAUUUGCUUCAGUCCAGGCAAAGGGGUGACAAGUCCCCGGUGUCAUGGUGCUGCGGGCAGGCGUCCAGCAGAAAGGGCAGCAGGUUGGCCAGGCCUCAACUUCGCUUUGCUUCUCUCCACUGCAAUAACCUGAUUCCGAACACACCCCGCCCCCCUCCCACACACACACCUGGCCAUGGCCCCUGCAGCUCCCAGGACAAGCAGGGGUCUCAGUCCCCAGGGGAGGCAGACUCACGUGUCGCUCCGUGACCCCCCUGCAUGGCUGCAUCGGGAUGGCCCGGCUGGAGCCCCCAGCUGGGCCACGUGGUGGCCAUGAGCUGGGCAAGGCCUGGGAGGUGCCAGCCUUGAGGAGUUGCCCAAACCCAAACAAACACCCGGCCCCGCGGCUCCUUAUCGGCCCCCGGCAGCAGGCUGGGGGGCUGUUGUGUCUGCGCGGCUGCCAAGGGAACAAAGUGUGCAGGAUGGGGCCUGGUCCGCUGGUCCGCCAGGCCCUGCCCCCCCUCCAGGCCCCUACCUGGCCUGGAGGCUGAUCCCCAGGGGCCCCGUUCCCUGAGCUCAUGGGAAGGGCCCAGACCCCGCUGGCUCCCGCUCUCUACGGGGGGCUGCACUGGGGUCUCUCUCCCACGCACCUGCAGCCCCUGCGCACUUUACAUCCAGCCCGAGACAGCUGCACCAGUGGAUGCCCCCCCUUUUCCCCUCUGUGCCCAGCCCCAGGAUGCUCCCCCCCCCCAGCUCAGGGCGGGGGUCAGAGCUCCCUGGGACUAGAGAGGGUGGCUGGGAGCUCUGCCCACCCCUCCCCACGAGGCAUCAGCCUCCUCUACCCUCCGCGGCCCACCACUCGCUCGCUGACACCCGCGGCCCACCCCCCGCCAUCCUACCGUUCGCUCCCUGACACCCGCGGCCCACCCCCCGCCAUCCUACCGUUCGCUCCCUGACACCCACAGCCCACCCCCCGCCAUCCUACCACUCGCUCCCUAACACCUGCAGCCCACCGCCCGCCAUCCCACCGCUCACUUGCUGAGACCUGUGGCCCACCCCUCGCCAUCCCACCACUUGCUCCCUGAGACCUGCGGGCUGCCACCAAGCCCAGUUACUUGCCCUGGUCGCUCUCUGCUCGUUCAGCUUCCUGCAAGGGCAUGGCAGGGCCAUACCUGGUGUGCUGGGGAGGGCCAAGGCUAGGCAAAUUUCAUGCACACAGAUCUGCCAGUGCCCCUCACUCUCGACCCGCAGGCUGCCCUCUGCUAUCCCAGCCCUGGCUGCCCGCCGCCCCGAGCUCUGCCAAUGCCCCUCCCCUCCCCCCGCUAUAACAGCUCUGGUCGACCCCUGCAACGCUGUGGGUGCCCCUCAAGCCUGGUCUGUGUUUACUGCCCAGGCCCCUCUCCGCCCUGGCAUGGCUGGGUUGGGACCAGCUCCUUUCCCCGCUCUGCCAAAUGCCGGCUGGGGGGCGGGGCUCAUUUGUGCCCCAGCUCCAAGCCCCUGUAUCCCCAAGCAGCCUCUUUGCAACAUGCAGGUUGGGGUUGGGUGACCUGACCCUCAGUGAGGGGCAGCCCAGCCCCCCACACCUGCCAAUGGUGCCACCUGGCAGGAGGGGGAAGCUGGAGCUGCAGCCAGGCCCGAUCCCGCCCAGCGCUGAGGAGGGUGCUCAGGGCCCUGCCGGCUAAGGUCCCAGGGAGGAGCCGAUGCCAGGCCAGGGGCGUGUCCGAGCCGGGGGGCGGGGGGGAGGUGGUGUGAUAACAGCGCAGGAUGAGGAGCCAAAGGUUAGCCCUGAGCGCUGGGUCUCUGCAGGGAGACGCAUUCCUACGCAGAGGGCAGACAGAGCGAGCCAGGCAGGGGCUACGGCACCAGUCAGCUGCCCAGCGCCCAGCAUAGCGCCAUGGGGACCCCCCAGGGCAGCCACUGCCUGAGCGUCCUGCUGCUGGUGGGGGUCUGGGCUCCCCCCAGCAUGGCCCAGUGGUUCUCGCUGGGCUCCCGGCUGACGACAACACCCCCGCCCACGACCACCGCUGGCCCAACAGCUGCACAGCGCCCCCCAGAGGAGGGGGAAGACAGGGACACUGGCGACACAGAGCCAACGCCGAAAAUCCUGCUGAGCAAACCCCCCCUGGGGCCAGCCCCCCCGAGCCAAUCGCUGGCGCUCAAGGAGGCUGCAGGGGGUGGGACGCAGGCCCCCCUGGAAACACGAGACCAGACGCCUCCAGUCCCUGCUGCCCGCCCCCGCCCCUCCCCAGGGCUCUUCGAGGGGAGCGCGGAGGAGGAAGAGGAGUUCCUGCAGAUCAAGGCAACUGCAAAGGAGCCGACACCAGCAGCGCCCACCCCCCGGGCAGCUGCCACCCUUCCCCAGGCGACUGGUAACCUCUCGCAGUGCGUCUGCCCAGCCGUCCCCGGCCCCCGUGGGCCCCCUGGCCCAAAGGGAGAAAAAGGAGAGCAGGGGCCCGCCGGGGAAAGAGGCCUGCCGGGAUUCUCUGGGGAGCGAGGCCAGGCGGGGAGCCCAGGGCAACCUGGCCUCCAGGGGCCGCCCGGUCUCCCUGGGCCUCCAGGCGUGCCGGGGCUGGCAGCUGGCACCGAAGGGCCGGAGGGAUCUGAGAACGAGCUGACAAAGCAGCCGCUCAUGCCCAGCGUGGCAGGGCCACCUGGACCCCAGGGUUUGCCCGGCUACCAAGGGCCUCCAGGCCCCCAAGGCUACCCAGGACAUGAAGGCAUCCAAGGCCCCCCUGGACCGCCAGGCCGUGAAGGGCAGCAAGGACCUCCUGGCCCUCCAGGGCCACUUGGGGCCCCAGGGCCGCCAGGCUUCCAAGGCCCCCCAGGGCCCGACGGCCCCCUCGGGCUUCCAGGACUCUCAGGGCCUCCAGGAGCUCCAGGGCGUGAAGGGCCCCCAGGUCCUGCGGGGCCUGAGCCACCACCAGGAAACCCGGGGCCUGCCGGAGAGCCAGGAUAUCCCGGGCCAAAGGGCGAGACAGGUGAUCUUGGCCAGCCCGGCCCUCCAGGCAGCCCCGGCUUGAUGGGAGAGAAGGGCUCCCUAGGUCCGCCCGGGCCCAUGGGGCCACCGGGACCACCCGGGGAGAACAGGUGUGACCCCCACUCUUCAGGGCACCCCAGAUGGCCUGGCCCGCCGGGUCCCAAGGGUGAAAAGGGAGACCCCGGAGAGCAGGGAUGCCGCAGCUGUCCCGGGGAGGCCGGGGUCCUGCCAGGCCACCCUUUCUUCCCCAGCUCCAGGGGCCCGUAUGGAUCCUGGGUGCCACUGACAUACCAAGAGAAUGGCAAAGUAGAGACAGAGAUUUACGGUGCAAUCGUCCCCCAUGGUCCCCCCGGAGCACCAGGCCCCCCCGGAGCACCAGGCCCCCCCGGCCCACCAGGCGUCCUCUACGUCAAUAGGGUUUAUCCCAUCCGCACCAAGCCGUUCUGCAAACAGCCGGUGGUCCACAACACAGCUGGGAUCUCAGAUGCUGAGUCACCUCAGAAGGACGUGCCUGACCCCCCGGCUGACUCCAGGCAUCACACCUGGGUCUUCAAGUCGAAGGAGCUGAUGUUCAAAUCCAGCUCGUCCAUCCCCGAAGGGAGCCUGGUCUACGUCAGCGAUGAGAACAGCGCCUUCAUCAGAACCCCGAGAGGCUGGAGCAAGCUCCUGCUGGAAGAUUCGGAUUCCAUAUUGGCUGGCGAUGACCCUUCUGUGUCCACAGAACAUCAUCAGGUCCCAAAGGAAGGGAGUCAAGCAGCCACCGGGAUUCUGCCAACUAGCAUCACCGCGAGGGUGCCUUCGCUCCGCCUGGUCGCGCUGAACUUCCCGCUGCCCGGCAAUAUGAACGGGCUCAGCGGCGCGGACCUGCAGUGCCACAGGCAGUCGCAGGAGGCCCAGCUGUCCAGCACCUUCCGGGCCUUUCUGUCGUCACCCACGCAGAACCUGGUCUCCAUCGUGAAAAGGACAGACAGAGCUCUGCCCGUCGUCAACCUGAAGGGCCAGCUGCUGGCGAAGACCUGGAACUCCCUGUUCGGAGGUGACGGCGCCGCCCGCUUCAACUCGCUGCGCUUUCCCAUCUACACCUUCGACGGCCGGAACGUGCUGACGGAUCCCAGCUGGGCUCACAGGGCAAUCUGGCAUGGCUCCAGCCAGCGUGGGCACCGAGCCCCGAAGGAGGACUGCCAAGGGUGGCGGGCCAGCCUAGCCGAGGGCUUUGCCUCUCCCCUGACCGAGGGGAAGCUCCUGGCUGAGCAGCGCCACGACUGCUCCGACUCCCUGGUCGUCCUGUGCAUGGAGAUCAGCUUCCUGUAGUGCACAUGUGGUGAUGUGAGCAGCUAGGGGGGCCGUGGGCUGGUGAUCCCACCGUAGCUGGAUACAACCAGGAGAGCCGACGGUCACCCGCCAGCCCUGCGCUGCUCUUGGCUCCGGGGCUAUUUCACCAUUAUCCCCCGUAGUGGAGCCAGCCUUGUACCCAUAGCCAGAGGGGGCUAUCCUUGACCGGGGGGGGGGUCCAUAUGUGUGGAAUAGAGACCAAUGGAGAGGCUACUGCUAUGCCUCCCGAACUCAGAGCCAUGCCACCACCAAGUCAUCUCUCCGAGGCAUUGGAUCUAGUUAGCGCUAACCACGGGGCGUCCCCAGGAGAGGGGGCCAUUCCCACAAACCAGUGCCCCAUUGAGGGUCCAGGCAUGCACUGCAGAGAGCACUGGGGUGCAGAUGAGAGCUGGGUUUCGGGGCCAGUGUUCUCUGCACUGGGGCUGUUGGGCAGCUCCGCCAGGGACUCUCCGGAAGCUAAAAGCUCUUCUCCUGCCCCCAAGUAGGGGAAACCCACCCGAAGUGGUAGCUGUGCCUCCAUGCCCCCUCAUUCUGCCUCUGUCAACUCCCAGCCGCUCCCCCCUCCUGCCUCUGCCAGCUUGGGUUUGGGUUCCCAAUAGGCAAAUGCCCCCCACCCUCCAGCCCAGAGGCUCCGUCCCUAGCUCUGGCUUUUACCAGCUGCUGUUCCCGAAGCACUCAGCAGAGAGAUGGGGGAAGGCAGGGACUGUGUGCUGGGGUUUUCGGUGUGUAUAUAGAUAGACAGGCCUAAUGCAGCCUGUUAAUAGUUAUCUUUUGGCUGACCAGCAUCAUGGCAAUGUCGGGCUCUGCUAGCUCCAGAGAGAUGCGUGUCGUUCAGGACUCUCGGCGGCCACGCGCUCAGCCUGUGAGCUGUGAAAACAACUGUGCGCUUUAGCGGGCAAUAAACAUGUUCAAAGUU